UGUGCCAUUUCAUGAUUGCUGUUAUUAAAUUAACAAUUACUCAGAAUAAAGUUUAUGUUUUUUCGUGAUUUAACAAAAAGUGUAUUUUAACGAAAAAUUUGAAACUUAAUAGUCCAUUUCUAACAACAUUAAAUUAGGACUAUUUCCUAAAUUUUCGAAUGAAAUUCAUAAUGAGAAUGGUUUUAAUGAUAAUACAUUUAUUGUAAAUUAAACGUAUACGAUUAUAAAAAAUAUUUUCAAUUAAAUAAAUUUUCAAUUGAUUAAAUAGAUAUUAUCUAAUUUUAAAAAAUAUUAAUAAACAACAUAUUUGUGUAAAAAUUGUGUAUUAUAGUGAUUGUUUAGUUUUAUAAUCCAAAUGUCAAAAAACAAGUUAAAUUUGACAUUACCUCCUGGUUCAAUAGAACCAGUUCCAGCUGUAUCACCAUCACCACCAGUACCAUCGUUACCUAUUUAUUCUGAACCACCAGUAAUACCAGAUGGAGUAAUGGGAAAAAUGAGUAUAGAUGCUAUUCAAGAAAGGUUAGAAGAAUUAGAAAUGGAUGAAGAGCAAAGAAAAAGAUUAGAAAGUUUUUUAGGUCAAAAAGAAAAAGUUGGAGAAUUAUGUGAUGAAGAUUUUGAGAAACUUGGUGAACUUGGUGCUGGUAAUGGUGGUGUUGUUAUGAAAGUGAGACAUAAAAAAUAUGGACUAAUAAUGGCAAGAAAGUUAAUACAUUUAGAAGUUAAACCUGCAAUUAAGAAACAAAUAAUCAGAGAAUUAAAAGUACUUCAUGAGUGCAAUUUUGCACAUAUAGUUGGAUUUUAUGGUGCUUUUUAUAGUGAUGGAGAAAUUAGUAUAUGUAUGGAAUAUAUGGAUGGUGGUUCAUUAGAUUUAAUAUUGAAAAAAGCUGGAAGAAUUCCAGAACCUAUACUAAGCACAAUUACAUCAGCAGUUUUGAAAGGUUUAAGCUAUUUGCGAGAUAAACAUGCAAUUAUGCAUCGAGAUGUAAAACCAAGCAAUAUCUUAGUAAAUAGCGCUGGAGAAAUAAAAAUUUGUGAUUUUGGUGUUUCCGGACAAUUAAUCGAUUCUAUGGCUAAUUCAUUUGUUGGAACGAGAAGUUAUAUGUCGCCAGAAAGACUUCAAGGUACACAUUAUUCUGUUCAAAGUGAUAUUUGGUCUCUAGGAUUAUCACUUGUGGAAAUGGCAAUUGGAAUGUAUCCAAUUCCACCUCCAGAUGAAAAAACUUUAGCUGCAAUAUUUAAUACUCCGACAGGUCAACCACCUACAGAAAGUGCAGCUACAAAUAAUGCUUCUACUCCAACGCAAUCUCCAGGACAUAAUACGGGUAGUCCAAGACCGAUGGCUAUAUUCGAAUUGCUGGAUUAUAUCGUGAAUGAACCACCACCGAAAUUGCCUGCUGGUAUCUUUAGCGAUGCUUUUACAGAUUUUGUGGAUCGUUGCUUGAAAAAAAAUCCUGCUGAAAGGGCAGAUUUAAAAACAUUAAUGAAUCAUGAAUGGAUUAAAAAAGCUGAAUCUGAAAAUGUAGAUAUUGCUGGUUGGGUAUGUCGUACAAUGGAUUUACAACCGACUACUCCAACGCGUUUAGCGAAUGUACAAUCCUGAAUAAAUGUCACUCUUACAUACUUGACUACCUAUAUACGCGUUCAGUACUCUUAAGUUAAUUUUCAUUUCUUUUCGUUUUAUUAAUAUGAACAGUGGCGUUUUCAUUUUUUCUUUUUUUAACAUUAUAAAGUUCGUAAAAUGAAGAUCUUUCGCGAUUUUGAAAACAGACUUAUUUAUAAGAAUCUGUUAUAUUUUUUUCUUCUCUCUCACUCUCUCACUCUCACUCUCUUACUCUCUCACUCUUACUUCUUUUUUCACUAUAUUUUAAAAUUUGCUCAAUCAUUCGCAUAAACACUUGA